AUGGCAGCGGGCUCUCUCGUUAUUCAACGAGAUGCAGCAGGCGAAGUUGGAGCCCAACUCAGCUACAACUCUGGAAUCGACGCGUGCGAGAAAGGCGGUCAGUGGCAGCAGGCCUUGGCGCUGCUGAGCGGAAUGCAGGAUGCAAAGCUAGAACCUACCGUGACUAGCUACAGCGUUGGAGUCAGGGCGUGCGACAAAUCCAAGCAGUGGCAGCAGAUUCUGUCGCUGCUCCGAGACAUGUGUGAGGUGAAAUUGGAGCCCGACGCUGUCUGCUACAGCGCUGGGAUCAGCGCAUGCGAGACAGGCGAGCAGUGGCAUCAGGCAGUGUCACUAGUCAGCGAGAUGUGGGGUGCCACUUUUUAG